UUGCACCGCAGCAUCAUCAAUAUUCCCGAUCCUCCGGUCGCUCCAGGAUGAGGAAAUCGUGCAGCUCGACGCGUCGCAUUCGUGACAAACCCACAGAGCAACUGGUGUAGAGAGAGACGUCAGCGCGCGUCAGGGGCGUCCUUGCGUUUGUUUCCCGGAAGGUCAGUCUACUCUGCGCUGGAGACCCGCUGGAAACGAACCGUAUACUGUUAUUAUUCCGCAGAAGCGUGUUUAGCGGAGACAUCGACGCGACGCGAGCAGAAUGAGUUCCGCGGGGCUGGAGAAGCUGCGGAUGACCGGCGCGGGGCGAGCGAUCGCCGCACUCACCAGCGGAGGAGACGCACAAGGGAUGAACGCAGCGAUUCGUGCCGUGACCCGGAUGGGCAUCUAUGUGGGCGCCAAGGUGUAUCUGGUGUAUGAGGGCUAUCAAGGACUGGUGGACGGAGGAGACAACAUUAAACUGGCCAACUGGCAAAGUGUCACCAAUAUCAUUCAGCUGGGAGGGACGGUGAUCGGCAGCGCCCGCUGUAAGGCCUUCACCACGCGCGAGGGACGCUUAGCGGCGGCCUUUAACCUGGUGAAGCGUGGCAUCUGUAACCUGUGUGUGUGUGGCGGAGACGGCAGCCUGACCGGAGCACACAUCUUCCGCUCGGAGUGGAGCGGACUCCUGCAGGAGCUGGUGGAGAAAGGUCGGAUCACGGCAGAGACGGCCCGUCAGCACGGGCACCUGAACAUCGUGGGUCUGGUGGGGUCCAUCGAUAAUGACUUCUGCGGAACCGACAUGACCAUCGGCGCUGACUCGGCCCUCAACCGCAUCACUGAGAUCAUCGACGCCAUCACCACCACCGCCACCAGCCAUCAGCGCACGUUUGUGCUGGAGGUCAUGGGUCGCCACUGCGGGUAUCUAGCGCUGGUGUCAGCUCUGGCGUCUGGAGCCGAUUGGCUGUUCAUCCCUGAAGCUCCUCCUGAGGACGGCUGGGAAGAGCUCAUGUGCGCUCGACUGGGAGAGAGCCGCAGUAAAGGAUCCAGACUGAACAUUAUCAUCAUCGCUGAAGGAGCCAUCAGCAGAAGCGGUGAGGCCAUCACCUCCAACUACAUCAAAGACCUGGUCGUGUCUCGUCUGGGUUAUGACACUCGGGUCACCGUUCUGGGUCACGUCCAGAGGGGCGGGACGCCCUCAGCCUUCGACAGAGUUCUGAGCAGUAAGAUGGGUGUCGAGGCCGUGGUGGCCCUGCUGGAGGCGGGACCGGACACGCCCGCCUGUGUGAUCGGCCUAUCAGGGAACCAGGCCGUGCGUCUCCCCCUCAUGGAGGCCGUGGAGAUGACUAAGGAGGUUCAGAGGGCCAUGAACGAGAAGCGCUUUGACGAAGCCAUCCAGUUACGGGGCAGGAGUUUUGAGAACAACUGGAGCAUUUAUAAGUUGCUGGCGUAUCACAAACCUGCUGCGGUCCAGAGCAACCACUCGAUGGCCAUCCUGAACGUGGGCGCUCCAGCCGCCGGCAUGAACGCUGCGGUGAGGUCAGCGGUGAGGGUCUGUCUGGCCUCGGGACACCGGGUUUACUUCGUCAGCGAUGGAUUUGAGGGUCUGGCCAAUGGAGCGAUAAAUGAAGUGUCGUGGAAUCAGGUGGCCGGCUGGACGGGUCAGGGCGGCUCUCUGCUGGGAACUAAACGAACCCUGCCCAGCUCCUGCAUGGAGAAACUGGUGGAGAACCUCAACAAGUUCAACAUCCAGUCACUGCUCAUCGUCGGAGGUUUUGAGGCGUAUGAGGGCGUACUGGAGCUGGUUGAAGCGAGGGGCCGUUAUGAUGAAUUAUGUAUUCCCAUGUGCAUCAUCCCUGCCACCAUCAGCAACAACGUCCCGGGCACUGAGUUCAGUCUGGGCAGCGACACUGCGGUAAAUGCAGCGAUGGCCAGCUGUGAUAAGAUCAAGCAGUCGGCCACGGGCACCAAGAGGAGAGUGUUUGUGGUGGAGACUAUGGGGGGAUUCUGUGGUUAUCUGGCAACCACCACAGGCAUCGCUGUCGGAGCGGACGCCGCGUACAUCUUCGAAGAUCCUUUCAACAUCCAUGACCUCAAAACCAAUGUGGAGCAUUUGACGGAGAAAAUGAAGAAUGACAUUCAGAGAGGUCUGGUGCUGAGGAAUGAGAAAUGCCAUGAGCAAUACACCACUGAUUUCAUCCAUAAGCUCUACUCCGCAGAGGGCAAAGGCGUCUUCGACUGCAGGGUCAAUGUCCUGGGACACCUGCAGCAGGGUGGAGUGCCGACACCGUUUGACAGAAACUACGGCACUAAACUGGGCGUCCGAGCCGUGCAGUGGCUCACAGAAAAGAUGGUCGACAAUUUUAAACUAGGUCGUGUGUUUGCUAACACCCCAGACACGGCCUGUGUGAUCGGCUAUAAGAAGGUUUUGACCUUCAGUCCCGUCACUGAGCUGAAGGACCAGACCGACUUUGUCCAUCGGAUGCCCAAGACUCAGUGGUGGCUGAAUUUCCGGCUGAUGCUGAAGAUGUUGGCAAAAUAUCAGACGUCUUUCAACGAAUACGUGACGGGAGAGAUCGAACACGUGACCCGUCGCUCUCUCAGCAUAGACACCGGGUUUUAAAGCAGUCCCGUCCUCCAACGACUGACACUCCUCCGUUAAAACAGGUGAACGUCUGAUGCUUAAGUGAGUAAAGGAGGGUACGACUCUAGACUAGUGCCUAAACCUGAUCCUCUUCUCCAUUGGACGCCUGUAUUUGCACCAUCUUUAUGCUGCACUGAUGCAGAGUGUCCAAAACUAGAUCACUCCCAGUGUAAUUCAUACAUUUACAUUAAUCCGGGUACUUUUUAAACUGUGUUUUCUUUUCAAAACACUCUCCGUCCACACUGAAAUGUCUGAAAACUAGGGGUGUAACGAGACCCUCAUGUCACAAUUCGAUACACGAUACUGAACUCACAAUACGAUAUUAUUGCGAUACUCCAAGACAUAUGAUAAAAGGUUAACAAAACAUUUUUGUAUUGCGAUAUAUUGUGACACGAUACUGUAUAUUGUUACACCCAUACUGAAAAUGCUUAAGUCAUCUUACUGUGUAUGCAAGACCUAAUAUUUUAAAUUCCUCAAGCUAUUAGUUUCUUUGCAAAAUAUCAGGUCACACUCGAUAAUAUGCAUCAUCGUUGUCAAAUACUUCCGUUUUCAGUUUUCACACUACAAGCCGUAAACGGCACGUUCAAACUUAUGCACUUAAAUGCAUAACGCUCAGUUUUAGCAGGACAAAAACACUCCUCAGUGAAAGGACUAAACUUAGAGAACACACUGCACUUGAUUAUUUUUAACAAAUAUAAUAUGUGUGAAUCUAUUGCAUAUAAAUGUAAUUUGUUAUAUAUUUGAACCACUUUAGACCAUUUUAUCAAAGCCAGCUCGUGAUGUCUCUGGUCUUCUAAAUAAAAUCCCCUUGUUGUUAAAUAUAUAUAUAUAUAUAUAUAUAUAUAUAUAUAUAUAUAUACAUAACUUUGACAAUGUAAAGUUAUUUUGCUGUUGAAAAACAACUAACGCAAAGUAUUUUCCUUGUGCAAUGCAACACCAGUCACUUUCAGUGUAGACGGCCACUGUUUUAUUCUUUAUACUAAACUGCUGCUGUUAGUUGUUCAACGUUUCUGCAGAAUUUACUGUAUAUGUCCUGGCAAAUGUUUAUUCCAGCAGCUUUUCCAUGAGGCAAUGCUAGUACACCACGAGCAGGUAAAGCUGGUGAUUGUUAAACAUUUGAACAGGUGAUUUGUGUUGUGUCUGUGGUAUUGUGUGCCUAUGCAACGUGAUUAAUGUGAAGCAAUAUAGCAUGUUUUACAUCUUCAGUAUUGAAUGCUCUACAUUGACACUCAUUGAAAAAUCUAGAAAAUAAUGUUGUAAGAGUGUAAAUAACACUCUUACAACAAAAUAAUAUAAAAGUUAGGUUUUUUUUUUGUUGCAUUGUGACAUUAUUUUCAUACACACUAACAUAAUGUUAACAUUGCAGUAUUAAGAAUGAGAUUUUUUAGUUUAAUUGUCAUGAAAAUGUCACAAUGCAAAAAUCCUAAAGAUCCUAAAAGUUUAAUUUUAAUUUUGCAAAAUGUAUUUUUUUCUCCUGAUUUUGGGGGUUAAACAUGGCCUGCUUUGACCAGUGUGAUAAACUAAGACUACUCUUAAAAAUUAGUUGUUUUUAUUCUUCGAGACUGGUCCUAACUUUUAAAGUACAUAAAAGUUAGAUCAGUUUAAUGUGAAUUGGAUAUUUUAUCUAACUGCUAGUUGUUCACUAGUUCUUAAGAUAGUCUUAACAUAGUGACUGUGUUUAUGCAACUGGACGUGUUCUUCUGGUUUUGUGACCAUUUCAAAGUUCCAUGUUUUUCCGUAUUAUGAACUAUGAAAUAGUUAUUUUACUGAAAUCUACAUAAGUGUACAGUAAACGAUUCAGUUUCUGUCUGUAAAUUUAAGCCAUCACAAUCUAACUCUUAAAAUGUAAAUGAUGAAUAUCAUAUUAAAAGGAAUAUACUGUCAUACAUACAUAUAUUAAAUCUAUAAUAAAAAGAUAUAUGUUUAAAA